AUGCCAUUCUCCCGCAUCAUUGACGUCAAGCACUUCUUGCUCCACACACCCAUGAGCCUGUCGUUGCUGAAGCCUCAAAGCUUGAACAAGAUUAAAUGGCUUCGCGUCCAGCCAGAGCCCACAAAUUCGAGCCUUAUCGCCGCUCUCCUCCCAGAUGACGUCCUCCUCGAGAUCGUGCGCCUCUCCGCAGAGACGGACACCGCUAGCGCGCUCACACUGGCGGUCUGCUCGAAGGCCGUCGGGCGGGCGGCAGAAACCGUGCUCUACGCCUCCGUCACGCUGUCCUCCAUCUCCGCCAUCCGGACCUUCUGCAGCACCCUCCGCUCUAAAAGCCGGCACAUCCUCGCCGUGCUGCGCCGGCUGACGCUGCGCAUCCCCACGCCACCGCUCUUCGACGACUUCUGGGCCCUGGUGGGCGCGCGCUGCCCGCGGUUGGCGCACCUCACAGUAUGCGACGCGGAGAUCGCCGCGCUGCUCCGGCCCGGCCUGCGCGUCCGCCCGACGCGGCUCACGCUCCUCGCAGACCCCGCGCGGGGGUCCAAGCUCCGCGAGUCGGUCCUCUUCUUCGCGACGCGGUACGGCGUGGGCUUUGCCGGCCCGGUGGUGCCGGAGCUUGACGAAAUCGUCAGGCGCGUCCUGGGCGCGGACCCGGACCCGGACCCGGCGCUCUACAGCCGCCUCACGCACGUGCACAUCGCGUCCGCCUGGCCGGACGCGGGGUGGUACACGGUCCCCGCCGUCUUCGCGCUCCUGCGCGCACGGCCCGCGCAGCUCCGGCAGGUCACGCACGUCGCGCUGCGCGGGACCGGCGGCGAGAUGGUCGCCGGCGUGUGGGAGGACGUGCGGCGGCUGCCGGCGCUGCGCGUCGCGGUGUUCGCGCUGCCGCCGUACCGCGGCGGGUGGACCGAGACGGGUCCGCGUGAUCCGCGGUUCGUGGCGUUCGGCGCGGGGGAUGUGGAUUUGGAUGAUGAUGGGGAUGGGGAUGGGGAGGAGAGCCCGCAUUGGGCGUGGGCGGAGCGGAAGAUCGAGGAGAGGAGGCAGAAGGCAGUCGACUCGAGUCAGAAACCAACGCCUGCCAAUAGGUCGGAAGCCGGGCCUUCGCACUAA